AUGGAGUUUGAGGAGUUGAGAGUUGAAAUUCCUGCUGAUGAUAGCGACAAAGAGGAGAAAGAUUUACCAUUUUACUUUGUAAGUAUGAAGGAUAUUUACUAAUUUAACUAUAAUUAUUAUCUAUAAAAACAUGUAAUUAUUUUUUUCCAUGAAUUUUGCACGUAUAGGAAAGAAGAUAUGAAAAUAAGUCUGGGUGUUUCGUGACAGGAUUUGAUGUAACUUCGAAGGUACUCAUAUCGUUAUAAAGUGUUUAAAUUAUAAUUUCAGUCGCAAUGGAACUGAUUUCCUGUUACCUUGUAACUUGAAAUGUUUGGAUUUAUUCCUAUUAAACUCCAAGAAGUUUUGAUCAACCAAGAAUUUAGCUACAGUACCAUGGCCUCAAGUUACUUCAACGAAAUUCGUUAAAUUUAAUCCAUGUGACAUUUAGCAUUUGACAUUUCUGAUCUCCUUAGAUUUUAAAGCCAGCCACUGAAUAUCUAUUUCUUAAAAUUCUCCUAAAAAACUGGCCAUUUUUCUAUUUUUCUUGGACCUUUUUUUCGAGCCCAAUGGUGAUUUUAUUUAUAUAUCACAUGCCUUCAAAUACAGACAUACACCUCACAAUUUAUAACACGAAAGUAAACGUUAUGUGAUAUACAGGGAAAGGUUCGUUACAUCUGAUGUCGUUUGUGGUGGAUAUAGGCUGCAAAAUCUCCUGCUACUUGCAUUAAAACUUCAGGAGUUAUCAACCACCUUUUUGAUUGGUAGCCAUUGCCAAUUGUGUAGGCUUGCGUGGAGGAUUGUGAUGUCUGGGUGUGCACCCUGGCAAGGUUUUUUUCGUGUUUUGUUUUUAAGAAAGAUUGUUAACUCAAAUGGUGCUUCUCUCAACCAUGAUAGUGAACAAAAUGUGUACCAGUGAGCAGGUGUGAAAACUAUAUGGAAUAUUCUGAGUAAAGCAACCAACCUUCUGUCUAUUUGCAGUUACUGUCAGUAGCAAUACUUUUUAAAUUUGUCACCUUUCAUUUUCAUCAUACAAAUGUUGUUCUCUUUGGUUCACAGGAAGCACAGGAGAGGAAAGAAAGAAGGGCAAAAAGAUUUGGCCUUCAGGCAAAACAGAAAGACACAGAAAAGGAUGACAGUCAUUCUGAGGAUGACCCAGAUACAGUGUAGGUGUAUUAACUCAGAGAAGUAUAUGAUUCUUAAUCCUUUAACUCUGAUAAGUGACCAAGGCAGGAUUUCUCCUUACAAUAUCAAUACAGUAUCUGAAGGAGACAAGCACUGGGAAUUAAGAAAAAUGUCAAUUAGGGGAUUAGUAGUUUAUCCAGUAUCAAAUUCUUAGAACAAACAUUAUAAGAAUUGUUUGGCAGACAGUAAGGAGAAUUUCUGAUUAGAUCUGGGGGUAAACCGGUUAAGUCUCCUUUCCUACGGUCAUUAAGGCUCUUUAUACACUAAAAUCUCACCCUCUUCACCUGUCCAUUCUGUCUUUUACAAUUGUUUUGGGGUAGGGCUAGUGGAGGGGAGAGAGUGAGAGAGGGGGAGGGAGAAAGUUGCAUGAAAAGCAUAAAUUACAGCUGCUGUGGAGACCAUGUUUAGAAGCAAUGAAAAGCACACAAGGAAAUAGAGAGGGGGGCUCCUGUUCUAAGCUCUGGGAUAGCUCAUUUACACUAUAAUUAUUUAUAGAUAGUUUCAUGAGUGGACAUGUGUUUUCCAUGUUGUCAAUUUAAAGAGUAGCCUUGAGAAGAAGGGAAAUUUCCUUGGGGAGAAUUUACAAUGCAGACAUGUAGGGAAACAGACUUCUAUUUUGCUCUUCAUAGCUGUAAUAGAAUUGAUAUAUUCCAGGCAGAAUCCUGAGUCUUCCACUCUGUUUUUUCAUUACUCCUGGGAAAUGUUUCAAAUGGAAGUACUGACAUAGCUGUCAAUUAACAGCUCAUCUUUGCUGUUGAUCUGUCUUGAAAUGCACAGCAUUGGUUUAUAAUGUUAGUAAUACAGCACCACUUCUUGCAUGUGCCUUUUCACUUUCAGAUUUGUUGUUAUAUUUAUUGCGUUUUCCAUGUAGUAACCUCUUAUUUAACGGUACUUCAUGUUUUUUUUUCACAGAGUUUUUUGGUUAUUUGUAAUUGGCUAUUUUUUUUUUUUUUUUUUUUUUCAGACUGCCAUCUGUUGAUCCCAAAGAGUUACCUGCCAUUACUGAUGGUAAAUUGACCCUUUAACCCUUAAGAGUGACUGGCCUCUAAUUUCUCCUUACUAUAUCACCCCUGAAUCAAACCUUUAAGUCAGGAGAAUAAAGGAGUUGAUCACGGACUAAAGAAGCUCUUGAUUGUUAGGCAAAUUCUCCAUGUUGGCAUCUUAGGAAAUGUUCAGAGAACAGUAUGGAGAAUAUGCAUACUGAUGUUAGGGUAUAAAGGGUUAAAGCUGUUUCUUCAUAGUCCCUUUUUUUUAAUCAACAAACCAGUAGGAUCUUUCUCCCCAUAUCAAUUGCCCAUGAAGUAUUUAACAUUAAAAAAGUCUGAACUUUUUUCAGAAUUAAUAACAUGUAUUGAUAUCUCAGUAGUACUUGGUAGUAUUCUUUUGAAUAGAGUGCUUUUUGAUUGAGUAUCUUAAUCCUAACCUAAGGUCUAGACAUGACAAAGGUCCAGUUAUGAAGGAAAUGGUGGGAAACUGUGUGACUACAUGAAAACAGCCAUAAGCAUGGAGGCUAAAGCAUGGUUGAAGGAUCAGGAGUCAUUUGCUCACAUUGGUCACAAAAAAAGCAAAUCAAUUAAUAUGUAUUCCUUUCAGCAUUCAUGUGAAAGGUGCUUCUAUUUAUUAUGCAAAUCAUAUUUCAUGUUGUGUGCUUGACACUGGCUCUUUGUUUGAAGGUGAGACCAGAUCAGAUGCCAUUCUUAUUCAUGGUGUGAAUGAGAUGAGCACAGAGGAUGUGUUUGCAUAUUUCAGAGACUUUGCCCCUGGGUCUGUAGAAUGGAUUGAUGAUUCUUCAUGUAAGUCCUUGAUCUCAGUAAUCUAACAAAUGACAGUGAUUAAUGGAUGAGAAUUAUGUAGGCUGAGGUUUGGAUUAUUUGCUGAAGCCAGACACUGAUGCAAAUAACACAACCAUAGCUUUUCUAUUGUUCUAAGAGGAAAGUGUUGUCUACUCUACACUGCCAGAGCUGUUAAUAAGAGUAAGCAGUCAGCCAAAACUGCUGGCAUAUCUGUUACCUUUAGCCAGCUACUUUCACCUCAUUUUGCAAACAAACCAUACAAUUUUUGAAAUACCAUUGGAGAAAUUUUUAGGAUAGCCAUUUCCCAAUUCUUAAGUGAAAUUAUAUGGAUGUGAUUUACUUUAAGCAGUUUUAAAAGUGUUAGUUGGUCAGUUCCACCUUCAAAAUUUGCUGGAAGGUUUGUGAAAAAUUACUGGAAUGCUCAGAACAUCUUAGCUGAACAGUUCUUAGCUUAAGGUGUAAUCUGAUAAAACAAUGUGGCUUCCAUGAUAACCUGGCCACCCACUAUAUCUUUCUGCUUUCUUUUUUCAAGUAUAUUGACAGCCAAGUGCACUGCAGGGGCAGAUCCAGGUUUUUUUUUGUAGGAGGUGCACCACCGAGGAUGUGUAAUGUAAACAAAUUUUGAAAGGGAAUGAUGAAGAAGGAGGCUUAUGACUCAGCAAUAACAUAUUACAAACUGCUGAGAAUGCAAAGCUAAUGAUACAGCAGAUUUUGUUUAACCUUGAUGCGGAGAAGGGGGGGUGCCUACACUCACCUCUUAGAUUUGCCCCUGCAGUGCACAUCAACUUAACAUUGCAAGCCUACAUAGCUGAUAGGAACACUGAGUGUAAUUUUUUGGUGAAAGGAGGCACCAUUCCCUCAAGAACACACCUUAAUGUAGAAGCUGUUGCUGCAAAAUCACUGUAGAAAAUUGAUUCCCAACCUUUUCUGCAGCGUCAAAGUUUCUCCAGCUUCGAAAAGUAGUUGUUUAAGCUUGGUUGUCCUACAAGAUACUAUGCAGUUCUGUGAAAUUUAACCAGGAUAUUUAUUUUUAAAUCCUUUUCCUCAAAAUUUUUUUCUUUUAUUUGUAGGUAAUGUAGUCUGGGAUGAUGAAUUCACUGCUUCUAGAGUUUUGAUGGCAGUCGGAAAACAAUUAGAAAACCCAACAGGUGAAUUCUCAAAUGCAUUUACUCAAAGAAACAGUUUUCCUCUUAAAUUUUAUGCCUUGUGAUAAAAAACUCUGAUCUCUUUAUAAAAACAAGGGAUACUCUGAAGAUCAAUUGCAGGUUUUAAAAAAGUUAAUGGUAGUUCUCAACAUAAACACUUUUGUUUGUUAGGUUGCUUUGGAUGAUUCAGAAUAUGAUGAAUUCUCUGAUAUUUCUUGAACUGUGACUAUCUUGGACUGUCAUCUUGGCCUUGGGUAAUUUUCUUACCCACUUGUUUUGUAAAGUUUUAGUCAAAAUGCGAGACUGUUUGAGUGCGCUGGGAUUUUUCUUAGAGGACCCAAACCUUUCCAAAAAAGGCCAAAUUCUAUAGUGUUCUAAUAACUAGAGCGCUUUUGAAUUGAGUUUUAUAAAUGCUAGAUUAUAGUUCUCAUACCGGCCAAUGAGAAAAAAAGAGAAUAUCAUUAGCUGCCAAUCAGAAUUCACAGAACAAACAAGCUAACAAUCAAAAGCGCGGGAAAACGCAGUCGUCAAAGUCCGGUUUGAUUUUAGUCUUGCGUCUGAUUGUUUGAUAGAUGAACGCAAGUUUUCUAGACUAAUCAGAAUGACAAAAAGCAAAGCCACAUCUUUUCCGCAUUAUUUUCGACACCCAAUUGAAAGUUACUCUUUUUUGCCACCUAACCAUUAUUUACCGUUUGAUAUUAAGUAGAUGAGGAUAUCAGUGACGCUGUGGAAGUCAGAUGGAAGAUAGGCCCUCCUCAUCCCAAAGCUAAAUGUCUCCUCUUACGAUUGGCAACGAAAAGUAGGUUGCUUGUAUUGGUGAUUUAAAGUACGUCUUACUCUUUUUUCGCAGACCAUGGCUGGCUGAACUGUUUUCGGCAUUGAACUAGAACGACAAACAGAGCCGGGUUGUUCAUCGCACGCUUACAUUAGUGUGGUUGACACGUUUAAUGCAUAUUCAAACCCAAGCGCUAAUGCAAGGCAUUGAAAAUCUUACCAUUUCCUGUAUUGUUUCUUGCACUUGUGUUAUAUUUGCGUUUGGAAGACAAAAUUUCGAGACCAUAUACAACUUUUGCAAUACUUGCGACAAUUCAAGCUAACAUUCGCCAGACUCGCCGGUCUUCACACCUGGCUUAAAUUAAAGAUCCUCCUCUAACCCCGGCUUUGCUUAAUCCUGUUUUGAAUAACCUGGCGCAGUUUUUAACAGCACGUGAAAAGGUCAAGGUUUCGUGAUACUCAUUUUAUGUCAUUUUGAAAUGUUUUAGAGGACAAGAAACUACCAGGGGCAGCCGGAAGAAGCAUGUAUUACUUAAUCAAUGGUAAAGCAAACGACACUGGACAAGGUGGAUAUCCUCUUAUUCUGAGGCUUACUCUGUCGCUAUGUUCCGUUCUCUCGUCCCUCUUCCCUAAUUAAGAGUUUUGCUUAAACAGAGUUAGAAACAGUUGCCUUGUUAUUUGAAUGACCAUCAUUUUUAUGUGAUUUGCUUUCGUAAAGUUGUUUGAUUUUUAUGUUGUUGGUAAAGUUUGUUGAAAGACACAUGAAUAUCGUUUCAUCUUCUCCUUUUUUCAGGCAGAAGAAAAGGCAUCGUCAGUUCAUCAAGGUGAUUAAUUUCUUAAGGUUACUAGUAGAAGCUACAAGCGACUUCAUUAGCCUAUCAGAAUAAGCUUUAACUCGAGGAACCAAUCAAAGCUCAAAACAGAUGCACGUGACAAGCGCCAGUUGUGGCAAAAUGGUGGGCAAAAGGAGUGCGACCAAAGCGGUUUUACAUGAUAUAGAGAUUUAGGCAAGCCUAAAAGCGGAGCUCGCAUUUUUUUUCCCCGCACGUCUCUUCAAUAAAACUAAAGCCCCUACUAUGGAUAAAGUGCGUGGUAAUAUUAAUGGAUUUUCAUUCGCAACUUCUGCGUGUCCGUGUAGAGGACUGAUUAUAAGAUAGUGCCCAUGGUACAGUUGGCCGCGCAUGCUAAAAGUGGCACCUUAUACGGUCGGUCGUAUGGUCGUACAUCCAAAUUUUUUCGGCUUGAUGGGCCACUACUAUUUUGUAUAAUUAUGAGGCUGCGCUCUGCGAGCUCCGCUAUGAUUGAUGGAGGAGGUAGCAUAUCAUUUAAACCAAUCGCUGAACGCAGGAAAUGAAAACCGUACAAACACUUUUGGAUUACUUAUCUUUCGAAACUCAAUCCAGCACUCUUUACACUUUCUUUUUUCCAGAAAGAGGAAAUUAUUGAAAGAACAGGAGCGAGUGAAGCACAUGUAUUCAGGUGGUCCAGAAGUUGUCUUCCUCGACAAGAUUGAUACUGAAAAAGAAGAAAAAAUGGAUAUCGACGAACCUCCGCUUAAGAUUGUCGUCAACAACGACGGUCAGCCGGAAAGGAAUGAACCGGGAAAUCUACGCAUGCGCAUGCACGCUGAUGCUAUCGAAGAUGACGACAGCGAAAGUGACGAGGACGACGACAGAAGAGAAAAGAGGGAUAAAUGGAAAGGAAGAAUUGAGAAGAAAGAAAAUAAAAUGGAAGUCCGGACUGAAAAACCCACUUUAGACUUGCGGUCAAAACUUCAAAGUAGACAGCGACACGGGUUUAAUUUUAAGAACAGGCCGUCUUUGUCUAUCGAGAUCAAGGAGGAGCCGGAAUAGACCUGUCUUGAAG